GCCCGCCGGCCCGCGGGAGGCAGCGGCGGCGCCGGGGCUGAGCCGGGCGCUCUCGGCCGCCGCAUGCACCGCGCGGGGAGCGGCUGCCGAGCGGGCGGGCGGAGAGCGAGCGCCAGGGCCCCGUGGGAGCGGCCGCCGGAGCAGCCCGGAGAUGGGAGAGCAGCCCAUCUUCACCACCCGAGCGCACGUCUUCCAGAUCGACCCCAACACCAAGAAGAACUGGGUGCCUGCCAGCAAGCAGGCCGUCACCGUUUCCUAUUUCUACGAUGUCACAAGGAACAGCUACCGGAUCAUCAGUGUGGAUGGAGCCAAGGUGAUCAUAAACAGCACAAUCACACCGAAUAUGACCUUCACCAAAACGUCACAGAAGUUUGGGCAGUGGGCCGACAGCAGAGCCAACACAGUGUUUGGUCUGGGGUUUUCCUCUGAGCAGCAGCUGACAAAGUUUGCAGAGAAAUUUCAGGAGGUAAAAGAAGCUGCCAAACUCGCCAGAGAAAAGUCCCAGGAAAAAAUCGAGACCUCAAGUAAUCAUUCCCAGAAACCUGGGUGUGAAACCCCGUCUUCUACUCAGGCGUCCAGUGUGAACGGGACAGACGAUGAAAAGGCCUCUCACGCGGGUCCAGCCGACACGCACCUCAAGUCUGAGAACGACAAGCUGAAGAUUGCGCUGACGCAGAGUGCUGCCAACGUGAAGAAAUGGGAGAUCGAGCUGCAGACCCUGCGGGAGAGCAAUGCGCGGCUGACCACGGCGCUGCAGGAGUCGGCAGCCAGUGUGGAGCAGUGGAAGAAGCAGUUCUUCAUCUGCCGGGAUGAGAACGACCAGCUCCGCCACAAGAUUGACGAACUAGAAGAACAGUGUAAUGAGAUCAACAGGGAAAAGGAGAAGAAUUCGCAGCUGAAGAGAAGAAUUGAAGAACUAGAGUCAGAACUCCGAGAGAAGGAGACGGAGUUGAAAGAUCUCCGAAAACAAAGUGAAAUCAUACCCCAACUCAUGUCAGAGUGUGAAUAUGUCUCUGAGAAGUUAGAGGCAGCAGAGAGAGACAAUCAGAACCUGGAAGACAAAGUGCGGUCUCUAAAGACAGACAUUGAGGAGAGUAAGUACCGGCAGCGCCACCUGAAGGUGGAGCUGAAGAGCUUCCUGGAGGUGCUGGACGGGAAGAUCGAUGACCUCCAUGACUUCCGCCGAGGCCUCUCCAAGCUGGGCACGGACAACUAGGGUGACAGAGACCAGGCUGCUGUGAGUCCCACGUGUGUGUGAGUCGCAGUAGGGCUAGGACACGCUCCUCUUCGCGUUGCUUCUGUAAAUGCUGGCGCAGUGUGUCGUGAGUCCAGACCAGGCGUGCGUCCACUUGCUCCUCUCCAGAAUAGAAAUCUCCUCUCGCUUCUCUGGCCUUUGAGGUUGUGGACAACUGGAAGAUUCUGACUCAGGAACCCAGAACUAGGUCUACCUUAAACGUUUACGCAGUCAGGGCAGGGAUGUUUAUAUCUUUCUUAAGGGCUGUUGCAACCCUAUAACUGAAAAACAAGUCUUUUCUAACCCAAAUAUCAGUAUCCUUUAUGACAGGCCAUCUUGCUCCUUUUACUGAACAGCUCCGAGUAUGUGAUUGUCCACUAGGUUCCAGUCCAUGGGGUGUGGUGGGUGCAACUGCCCUCCCACGCAACACUGAGAUGCUUUAAAGCAAGCCUGUAGCGGAGACCUGUGCAGAGAAAGAAAGCACGUUUCUGGCAGGUACACCUUUGGACCGGGGAGAUGCUAGCCGCUGCUACACUCCACUCUCCCCUGUUAUGUUCGGUUGUGACAGUGCUCUUUUUCUUGGCUUGAAUUUCUGAGCAGAUGCUCAUGCUGUGGGAACAAUAUGCAGUGAGAGUGCCUAACUCAGUGCCUGGCACAAAGUAGGUGCUCAAUAAAUACUUGUUCAAUUAAACAUCUAAACAGAACUACUGUUUUAAUCAGACUCCACAGUGGAGUUCAAACCUUGUUGAAUGAUAUGCUCUUUGUUGUACUGGGUAAUUAUCAGAAAGAAAGGCACCAACCGGCCAAACUGAGGGUUGGCUCACAUGUAGCAGACACAUUAGAGAUUGGUCUGAGGCCCCACAAAAGCCCGGCCAUGAUACUUCAGCUCUGGGGGUCUCUGUCUGCAGGGGUCUUUGCCCCUGGGACCAUUUCUGAACAUGGCAGCCUGGAACCUGAUGAUUCUAGAGCCCUGUGUCUGUGGUACCCAGGACUUGGGAAUUGAGUUGUGAUCUUGUAAAGGGUUUGGAGAGCUGAAAAAGAAACUGUACUGGCUCAUGAGGGUGAGGGAGGAGGUCAACUUAUCCUGGGACCUUUGGUCUCAACAGCAGAGGAGCUUGAGCCCAGGUCUGCCUCCGGCCUGUUUUAGGGUGCCUGCUAAGGUACGAGAACCAUAAGCCCCCCCUCUCACACAGAGCUGCUUAGGGCCAGUGGGCCUUUGGGUGCCAUGGUAUCCUUUGCGGAGGCAUCACCCGCACUGAUAGAGGUUUGAGUCCCUGGCCCGACACAUUUCUAAGUGCUUUGAGCAUGUGGAGGCUUUGCUGCCCUCUUACCUCUCUGAGAACCACCCAGGAGAGCUUCUCCCUCGAGAAGCAGGGCUGGGCUGGGAAAUUCUUCCAGCUGGAACUGGACCCAUGAGAAAGCAGCCUGAGGAGAGGAGGGGCCCUGUGGACAAGGUCCAGACCCCAAAGUGGGUUUCUGAGUUCACAGCUGUCCUUCCCCAGCUAAGCUGUCUCUGGCAGGGAAGUCUUGCUUGGUAUAUAUAGUCUUGCUUGGGAUAGAAAAGAGAGAAGGCUGGUUAUCUGGGGCACCAGGGUACCCUGCAGGCUGUGUGGGGCCAUGAGCACCUGGGGCUCUUAGACAGGAAAUGGGAAAUAUGGUCAACCCUGCCCUCUCCCGAGUUCCCGGUGGCUCUCAGGACAGUAGGUUGCAGCUCCCUUAGUGGCUGAUCCAGGAGACCUGAGAGCUAGACUGGCCACAGAUUGGUCCCAUGGCCCAGCAGCAGAGCUGGCAGCCUGAGCCUGUCGCUGCCCUGGAGCAGUGGACUCUGAGAUCCAAACACUCUUAAUUCAGGCCUUCAGGUGACCCCAUCUGUAUGUACUGUGGACUUGAUAAUCUAGAAGAAACCCUCUUGGCUAACCAGAGUAUACUGAAGUGACAUAGUCACAGGUGGAUAGUUGCUAAAGCAUUUGUCCAUUCUCAUAGCAGUGAUUCUAGAAAACAUCGACACGGAAGUGUAAUGUGUGCUAUUACUACUGUGUACUGCUAGAGGCCCAAGACCCGCAGUCCUGCUCACCAACUGAAGAGUGUGAUGAGCAGCUGUGGCCAGUGGUGAGGUGCUUAGAUCCGUCAUAUGGCUGGGGCUGUCCAGUCUCGGACUCUUGCAACCCAGGAGCUGAGGUGAGGGGCCCUUUACAGAGAGAAAUGGAUUCCUAUGACACCAUGCAGAGGGGACUUAGUAUAGCAGUGACAGUGCCCCACUGCAUUUGUCCAGGGUUUCCUGUAGCACAGCAUCAUGGGUCCUUAGGGCCAGGGCACUUUCGGAACUACCGUGUGGCCUCAUGCCACAUGCAGGCCAGAUAUCACCGUUUCCCUCAUGGUUGUUGUAGCCACGUUGGGCUGCUUGGAAGAUGUUGGGCUGGGAGCACAUGAUCAGUUUACAGAUGAGAUCUCCUUGGUUUUGUCAUCUCCGAGACUGGCUGUGAGCCCCGGAUUAGCUUUUGUUCUCUAUCUAUGAAACCUGGGCCUAAAUGAGGCUAAGUAAAACUCAGAACCCUUUACCGUGAUGCUCUUUAAAGAUAACUUCAUGCCAAGAAGAGACCCAGAUGGAUGAACUUCUCAUUCUGGGAUGGGAAGGAGCCAGGAUGUCUUCCAGUGCUCUGGAGGUGUAAAGUCACUAGGGUGACAGGUUGGGAGGAGUGUCGUCAAGCCUUGGAUGACGGGAGUGCUCCAUCAGCCCUGCAUGCUGUCCCUUUAGACCUUCGCUGGGGGAGAGGACUUGACAGAUCAGAUAGGAAGCAGAGACCGAGAAAGUGACAUACCCAAAGUCCUGCCAGUGACCGGCAGCGUGGGCUCUGCACCCAGUCUCCUGGACCAUAUCCCCUAUCAGCUAUAUCCCCAUUCUCUCUGACAAUCCCUGGCUGCCAGGAAAAUAAUUUUCUCUUGAGUCCCAAUAAGGAAUAUUGCAAUUAUAUUAUUUUAGUAUGUAUCCACAGUAAAGGACGACCUACAAAGGAGCACAUCAGAAUUUUAUGUUCUUUACAAAUAGUUCCAUUUGGAAUGAUUCUUGUUUUUUAAGGCUCUUUCUAAGAAGUGUUGAUUGUCCAGGCUUAGAGGCCAGUUCAGUGGCACAUGAUCUCACUGAGUUCUUUGUCGAUAGCUGAAAUGGAGGCAGAGUAAUCAGAUUAGAACCGGUGAGUAGCCCUGAGACAGAAGCAGCCCCUGGUGGGGGAGGAGGCUUGCCAGGGAGGGAGCAGACUGCAGAUCCCGAGCAGGUCUUGCAGGCCCAGAAAGACUGUCCACAGGGCAGCUGAUCUCUAGCCCACAGGCUCCUUAAGCGCAGCAUCACAAAGGGAGUUGAGGGGUGCCUGGCUCUUGGUCUGCAUUUGUCACGAUCCAUCAACUAAAGGCUGUUGGGUAAAACAGUAUUCUGCCCCGAAGCAUCUCUAUCUGCCCAUUUUAAAGGGGUUCAUCUACAGACAAGUCCCCCUUUCUGUAGAAACCAGGACUGGAUGAGAGCCAACCACAGGACCACCCCAUGUUUGGAAAUAGGGUACCUAUGGUGUGGCUUAGUGUUAGUGUAAACACUCAAAAGAGACUGCCCUUUGCUAACACUGCAUGUGGGUUGGCGUCUAAAAGUUACACUUCAUUCACUCACCUGAAACAUCACUGCAUUUGGAAAAAGCACUUGGGAUAUAGACUAAAAUCUUGAAAAUGAAUGUCUAUGUAUAGCGUUUAAUGACAUGUGUAGUUUAAGUGGACCCUAAUUUCUGAGUACAUGGCUUCCCCAAAGAAAUAAUAGAUAGUGUAAGGAUGGUGGGGGAGAGCAUGAAGAGGGACUCUUGUGUGGAAAUUUAUGUUUUUUGCGUGUAUUUUCCAUGCACCUAUUUGAAGAAUAGAGUUCUUUAAACAUAGCCUGGCAAAGUGACUGCUACAGAUUCUCAGCUGGGUGAACUGUUCUGGUGAACCUAGGACUCUGUGUGUGUAUGUGCACCUGUGCGUGUAUUGGAGGAAGAAGGAAUCACGGGCAGCAGAGAAGCAAUAAGGAAGAGUUUUCAUAAAAAUACACACCUGAGAGGAGUCUUUAUUUGAAUAUUUUGAGGUUGAUGUUCUAUGUUCUGGAAUCCAUGAAUGAGAGAGUGUGUGAGCUUUGUUAUGAGCGGCACUGCCCAGUGCCCUGCUGUCCUUGGCAGUGCAGAGCUGGCUGUAGGGUGAGCUGGCACACCCGGCGAGUGGAUGCCAGACUCUUUCCAUGUUGGCAAGUGACCGGCAGGACGGACACUAUGCAGCCGCGGAGAAUGUAUUAUAUUCCUGUUUUUACCCUCUUGUACUUACUACUUUGAAAAGAAAGUCCUGACUUUCGAUUAUUAUAGCGGUGUCUUAUUAGAUAUGGCAAACAAGAAGAUGUUUCUUAUGUCAAAUAUAAGAGUUUAAUGAAUACAGGGUGGAUAAGUGGACUCUCCCAAGAAUUUUUCCCUUUAAAUACUUUUUUUUUGGAUAUAUGAAUAGCAUAUACAUUUUUAAAGAAACUAAUAAGUGAAAAAAAAACACCUAUUAUUAUUCCAUCUGAUUAUAACCACUGUUAACAUUUCAGUGUUAUGUUCAGUAUAUGUCCAAACUUUUUCCUAUGCAUCUAUAUGUGCUUUUUUUACUUUUCCAUAAAAUAUCACAUUAUGCAUACUGUUCUAUAACUUGCUUUUUCCCCUUUUAACAUAAUAUUGUGGGUAUAUUUCUACAUCGAUAUGUAAUUAUAACCUUUUAAAUACCUGUGUAGGUCAUAUCUUGGAUACUUAGGCUGUUUUCAAUUUUUUACUGUUGUAAUCAAAGACAGAAUGAAACCCUGCUGGCAUCUUUGUAAACUUUUCAGAAUACUUAGGACAAUUUUUCAAGAGGGAACUUGCUGGCUCAAACAUACGUCUCUCUAUUUGUGGCCCCAUUCCACCUGGGCACAUAGGGCACUCCACUGUCUGAUGUCCCUGUAGUCAUUCAGGAUCUCAUGACUAACUCCAGCCAAUCAAAUGUGAGCAGAGACUGAACUGAGGGAGCACAGAGCCCCAGUGUCUGUCUCCUGCCUCAGCAAUGUGACAUGCUGGGUGGAGCCUCCAGCAGCCUAGGUCCCCGAGUGAGGGACUCUGUGGAGCAGAUCGUCCCUUCGCUUCUCCCCCACCAACAACUUGCAUGGGCCUGUAGUGGGAACAGGAAAUAUAAACCUUAAUGUUACACCACUGGGACUUCAGGGUUAAUUUGUUACUGCAGCAUAACAGCCUUUUUUGACUAGUGAGAAAGAUAGGCACAUUUUUAGGAGCUUUUCUUAUACAAGAUAUAUUUUAAAAAUACCAUAAAAGACACAUUACCAUUAAUCCCCUUCAGCGUACUCCCCUUCACUUUACACACACUCAUCUGACCCUUCUUGCUGCGUUCUGAAACAGUUCUGACAUCCUCUUUCCUCACUGCUUUAAUCACAUUGCCAUGACUGCCUCAAUGUCCUGAACUGAUUCAAAAUGUUUACCUUUCAUGCUCAUUUUGACUUUGGGGAAGAGCCAGAGUCCUAAAGUGCCAGCUCCAGUGAAUGAGGAGGAUGAAGAUGCACCAUGAUGCUUUUCACGAGCCUAACAUUCCGUUGGAUGGCACACAGUAGACGCAUUCACCGUAUGUUUUGUCACACCUAGUGAAGACACUCAUGAAAGAGGGGUCCAGAACUGCUUCAGAAAGGGGCAAGAACAGUGGGAUAAGUGUGUCUCAAAUAUGAGGUGGGGUGUUUUGAGGAGGCUUUUAAAUUUUAAAAAAUUCUCUUAGUACAUGUUUGCAGUUCAUGCAGUUUAAGGAGGCUUAGUGGCAAUGUGCCUUUUACUGUAAUAAUGUUUUACUUGAACGUUUACUGUGUAUUGUGAUCACCCGUCAUGUGUUACCUCAAGUUGCCUUUCAGAAAGAUUACUCCCAAAUACAUUUCCACCUCUAGCAGUGUGUGAGAAUGUCCAACGCCUUCUUUAACACUGUUACUAGCAUGGGGUCUGGAGGUAUAAAAAAACAUUAAAUUUUUGAUGAAAAUGAUGACCAUCAUUAGAAAUAUGUUUUUAUUGAAUUUUAUGUUUCUGUAGUUUAUCCAGUCUGGCCAGUUUUCUCAGAAGGAAGCUAAUGUCUUCAUUGAUUUCUAAGAGGUUUCUAAAAAUAAAUAUUGUAGAAAAUUUUAAGUUAUAUUACAGUUUUUAAAAAUUGAUUACUCAAAUAUUAAUCGAAUCUGUCUUGUCUUUCAGUUAUUACCUUUGGUGUCAUUCUUACAUUCUUUUUGUUUCUAAUUCCAAGAUUGUGUAAAUAUUCAUCAAUUAUUUUAUUCUUGUCUAUUUAGUUUUCUUUUUAAACAGUUAAAUUGGAUUGGAAUUUAUUUUCUAAAUUGCCCCAACAGUCUUGCUCGGGAUAUUUACUUUCCCUACUAAUGUGAAUCCCAUUUUUACUGUACGCCCUCGAAUACGUGUGUUUUCCUCAGCGUCUCUGAGCUUUGCGCCGGGUGCCACCCACCGGUACAGUCUGGCACUGGGACCACCCUGUUGGAUCAUCGUAAGGCUAGCCCGAGUGUCCCAUUAGACCUUUCCAGAAAUUUCCAAGUACAUUUGCAUAUUAAUAUAUCAGAAAACCUUUGGGGAUCAUUUUGUAAUGUUUGGAAGAAUUGGAAAUUAGAUUAUGUAAAAUGUAUAUAUUACUAUAGAAUUAAUAACCUUAUACAUUCUCUUUCAGUUCAGUGAAUUUAUAAUGCUUAGUUUUAUGUCCUUUGGUCUAUUUUUUCUAAUAAAAGUAAUUUUUGUAGUUGUGGUUACUACUGUAAAUGAGCUCUUAUGUCUAUUAUUAUUAUUAUUAUUAUUAUUAUUAUUAUAUUAUUUUAGUACCAGGAAUUGAACUCAGGGCCUCACUCUUGUCAGGCAGGCGCUGUGCCACUAAGCGAUAUCCGACACUCUCCAAUUGUAUUUCUCAUCAGCUUAUUGUUACUAUGUAUCCCACUGUUCUUUUUAAUAUUGAUAGUUUUUUUACCUGGACAUUAAAGUUAUGUAAAUUUAAACAUGAGAAUACAUACUGUAGCAAAUCAAAAUCCUGUAGAAUUAAAAAUCCCUCUACCGUAAGAAUCAAUAAUUAUGAGUAGUUCUGUUUUCCCUUGGCAGUAGGAAGAGGCCUGUGUCAGUAAGCAUCAGUCUACCUCAUCCUUACGUCUGCGUUAAGAUGGUGUGUUGUUUAUUUAGCUUGGCAAUUGGUUAUUUUGACACCACUUAAUUCCUUUGGCCUUUUUCAAAUAGGUUACAAUUCUGAGUUAGGUGUGAUCAUUUUAUCUUCAUAUUUUUAAUCUUAUUUUACUAUCUUGUAAAGUCCUAUAUGAUGCAUAUAUAAUUGUGCAGGUAUUAUGUAUUUUUCUUUAUAUAUGUAUUUUUCCUUUAGCAAGAAUACCUCUAGUGAUUUCCCAAAGUAUAAAUUUGGCUUUAAAUGUAUGAUAUUCUUGAUUUUUGAACUUAUAUAUUAAAUUAUGGACAUUUAUUUCUAAUCUGCUAAAAAUUUUAUCAGUAAUAAAUGUUGGGAUUUUAGUAAAUGACCAUUUUCUGAUCUGUCAGAUGAUUAAAUAAUUCUUCUCUAUUGUGACUUGAGAUGAAUCAUUUUAAUAGAUUUGCUAAUGUUAAGCCCACUCUACACUUCCAUAAAAAUCUGAUACCAUCGAACUAUGUUGUUCUUUUAAUAUUCACCUCCUUUUAAUGUUAACAGUGGUUAUUUGUGAUUGGUUGGUCUUUGAUAGAUUUUUAUUUUGUGUUUCUUAUCUGUUUUCUAAUUUUUUCUACAAAGAUUAGGUAUUGCUUUAUAUAAUAAAAAUAAGAGCUUUAUAAUGAAAAACUACUGUCAAUUUGGUUUGCUCAUUUUAUUUUGGAAAUUUCAUAUCUUAAAAAAGUGAAUAGCUGCUAUUUUUUUCUUUGUCAAAUAUUUUUGUUAACUUAUUUUAAAAAAAUAAAGGGACUUGGGAAGGUCUCUUUUUCUAUGUCCUGAAAUAGUUUAAAUAUUAAAAGUUUUUGCUCUUCAAAAUUUUUAUAACAUGCAUAAAACUGUCUUAAGUGUAGUGCCUUGUUAGAAAAUAAUCCCUUGAUAAUUUUUCCAGUUUUCUCUGUGCUUGUUGGUCUUUUUCUCUCAUUGGUCAUACUUUCUUCCUGGUCUGUAAGUUUUUUGGCAGUUCAAUUUUCCUAAAUAAUUCUAGUAACAUUUUCAAAUGUGUUGGCAUUAAAUUGUGUUGGUUUUUCUUAC